AUGGCGAUGCUGCCUGAAACCAAGGCAGUUUUGCCUCAGCCUGCGACGAUCGGCACAGCCUUGGAUCUCAGCGCGCAACGCAACCAAGCUACAAUCCACCGUGGGACGCCGUGCAAGACGCCAGCCAUGGAUCGACAAAAGCCCAGGAGAAACGUGCCCGAAGCGCCUGUCCUCUCGCUCGUCUUUGACAAUAUCGCAAAGAUGGAAGAACUCGAGCUUGGCUCAAUGUGGAAUGGCGGAUGCUUUGCAGUGUUCUCCAAAUGCAAGGAUACCCUCGAGAAUGGCAGACGGCUCGAGAACCUCAGCUGGCGCCUGUGGUAUGCAUCCUGCUUCGACAAACAGGAUCACCCACAGCCUGUCGAGGUUGAUCACCACCUGUCAGACCUGAGUGAUCCCGAGUCGGGCGACUGGUCUGAUGACGAUGACGCGACGCCGCAGCAACCUGUACAGCCACAGCCAACAGAGGAAUUCUUGCACUCGGAAGUCCUCGAUUCCGAAACAACCGCGACGCUGCCCUCGAGGGAUGAAUCUGCUUCCGCCGAGCCAGUCAAAAGCGGGCCUUUUGUUGUCAGACAAGCGCCUGCUGGGCGCUAUUCGCAAGUUGCAACGACCAAUCAGACGAGACGUUAUUCUACGAGCAGACUGCGGCAAAGUCCUCAGCUCACGCCGACCAAUUUCCAGCGCAUAUUGACUACUUUGUUGCCCAUGAACCUCACCAGUCCCGCUUUGCCUGUGUCUGCGAAGCAUCAGCAAGCAGCGAACACGGCCAGCACGAGCCGUCGCGCCCAGAGCUUCGGUGGUGUGACCUCACCGCCAGUAGGCUUGUCGCCCGCCGACGUUAGACCGGUCGCAGCCCCACUUCAGCCCAUACGCUCGCCAGGCAGCGCUCGGUCCCCAGCCCGCAGUGAGGCGUCACCGACACAACGCUGGAGUGCACCUGUACCUUUGACCUUGCCUACAGAGAGGAUGGAAGCUAGCAAUGCUAGCCUAGCAGCGCCGCAAUUCGAUAACAAGCUCGUGACGACUCCAACCAUUUUUGAGACUGAAAGUGCAGUCCAAUCACCGGAAAGGAGCGCUGGUGGUACGAGUCAGCUGAGGACGCAGUCGGAUGGACCUGCCGCGUCAACGAGCAAGGCGCAGAUGCGACCAGCGUUGGCUGGUUCACGACUUCGCAAGUCCUCUGAUACCAAGCUGCCUCGCGUAGGCAGUGCCAAGUCUGUCAGGAUUUCAGACUCGUCUGUGUCCCGACCUAGGCCAACGAAUGAUCGCGUCUCUUCCGGCAGCACGGUGGGAUCUUCGAGCAAUUCGCGCGCCUCUGGUCUCAAUGCGAAGCGAUCUGCUGAUGCGCUCACGCCAGCAAAAGUGAUUGUGACUCCUUCGCAGUCGCUCAAGGGGUCAACGUCUUCCGAUCAACCCAGCCUUACUCAAAGUGUCAACAUAUCCUCUCAGAGCGUGACGUCGCCACGAGAUAUGCCAAGAGCGCCCCCGCCUACGCCUCAGACAGUGACGCCAGCCUCGAUAGCAGUGACACGGACGCCGCCGUCGACGCCAUAUACAAGCAAGAUAUCUGUGCUUAGUCCCAUGCAAAGAUCGAAGCAAGCGAUGCCAGUCGCGCCUCUCGCAACCGAGAAGAAGCGCAAUAUGUUUUUCUUCUCGAGUCCGCACUCUCAUGAAGACUCGGACGAGCCAGACUCGCCUGCUUCGUCCAAACGAUCCGACAGACUAGCGCAGAGAGCGCAAACACAGCAAAGGCAGCUGCAGUAUGACGAUGUCGACCUCGACGCUGACGACGAGGAUCGAGAGACUUCCUCUGGCUGGGGCUCUGACUACUCCACCGAGGAGGACGAGUCGCCCUCGCAAGCUGAUCGCCGGGUCGAGGCUAUCAAAGCUCAAGAGGCAGAAGAGGAGCGUCAGAGGUCCAUGUUCGCAAAGCGACCAACACGUUCUCAGGUGCAGCUCUCGCAGCGAGGCAGCGGACUGCUGUCGCAGCUCUUCCAUAUAAGCCCGGAUCGCGAGGACUAUGGUUAUGCGAUGCGCAAUCGGUCAGCGCUCGAGCUCUCACGUCGGAGAUCGAAUAUUUCGGACAGCACGCCGAUGGCGCGAUCACCGCCGCAUUCGAAUCUACGUCCGCCAGUCAGCGUUCGGCCUCCUCAAGUCUCGAAAUCCGCAGUCGCGCUGCCUGCAAUGAGCUUGACGACCUCUGCCGCUGCGGAACUGUCCGAGCCACCGAGACGCAAUCCCUCUAGAUUGCGAGGUCCACCGAAACACGUCGAGCUUGAGCCAGAAUCGUACGACGAAGCUGCGCAUAGCUCCGAAGAGGACCAUACAGAAAGGACGGCUGCUAUUGAUGCCGCCAUCGCUCGACAUCAUAGCCGAAAUGCUUUGCGCGAGCAAGCCACGCUUGCUCCGCCUCAGACACCGCGGACUACUCGGCGGAACAUGCUUGCUGCCGAGCUCAGCGAGUCAAUGCGACGCAAUUUGCUAUGGGAGCGGCAGAUUCGCAAUCGAGCUUUCGGUAUUGCUGGACCGAACGGCAUGGGUCAGAGACGCUCAACUCAGCCGCAGAGUCAGCAGGCUGCCACAGCAACGGCACAAGCGCCAAGAAGGCAUGAAGGUUUCCCGGCCGUUGGCGAGCCCGCGGAAGUGCGCAGAGCCAAAACCGCGACGGGCGCUCUGACAGAAUACGCCCGAGCGGACAAUCAGUAUUUCGACAACGCCAGCUUCCAUCAGAGGUGA